AUGGCUACAUCAUGGGCCGUCAAGGACAUCGUGUACACGUCGAUAGUGGGCGUAGUAAUGUUGGCUGCGCUCCUGGAAUGGUUCCUGUGGAUCGGUGCAUUUCUGUACUGUCUCUGGAAGGUCUUUCGCAAGUCUGAACACUGGACUGUAAAUGUCCUGGCAGUAGUCGUUGCUGUUGCUUUCCUGUUGCUGAGGGCCAUCUUCCUGCCCAUCAUGGUGGUGACCCUGCCGCUGCCGAGCCAGAUAGUCAGGUACUGGCCCGCGGAGAUGGUGGACUUCCUCAUGUGGUUCGCCUUCUGGUCCUUUGCGGGCCUGCUGACGGUGCCGUGGCUGUUCUGCGUGUAUCAGCUCGUCGUCAUUGUCAUGCCGUGCUACAAGGAGGAGCCGGACGUUCUCAUAACAGCCAUCAACUCCGUGGUUGACUGCGAUUACCCGCCGUCAUGUAUUCACGUGUUCCUGUCAUUUGAUGGGGACCAAGAAGACGAACUCUACCUGACCGCCAUCGAGAGGCUCGGUGUGCCCCUGACGCUUGAGACCUACCCCAAGAGCAUUGACGUAGCCUACAAGGAUGCCCGGAUCACCGUCUCGCGGUUCCCACACGGGGGCAAGCGGAACUGCCAAAAGGCGACCUACAAACUCAUCGACAGGGUCUACUCGGAGUACCUCAAGAUGAACGACAACCUCUUCAUCCUCUUCAUAGACUCGGACUGCAUCCUGGACCGCAUGUGCCUGCAGAACUUCCUCUACGACAUGGAGUUCAGCCCGGGCAACCAGCGCAACAUGCUCGCCAUGACGGGGGUGAUCACGUCGACGACCAAGAAGCACAGCAUCAUCACGCUGCUGCAGGACAUGGAGUACAUCCACGGGCAGCUGUUCGAGCGGUCUGUCGAGUCCGGGUGCGGGUCGGUGACGUGCCUGCCCGGGGCGCUGACGAUGCUGCGGUUCAGCGCGUUCCGCCGCAUGGCGAAGUACUACUUCGCGGGCAAGGCGGAGCACUGCGAGGACCUGUUCGACUUCGCAAAGGACCACCUGGGCGAGGACCGGUACCUGACGCACCUGUUCAUGAUCGGGGCCAAGCGGCGGUACCAGAUCCAGAUGUGCACGUCGGCCUUCUGCAAGACCGAGGCGGUGCAGACGUACGCGUCGCUGGUGAAGCAGCGGCGCCGCUGGUUCCUGGGCUUCAUCACCAACGAGGCGUGCAUGCUGACCGACUGGCGGCUGUGGCGGCGGUACCCGGUGCUGGUGCUGUACCGCUUCUGCCAGAACACGAUCCGCACGACGGCGCUGCUCUUCUUCGUCAUGGUGCUGGCGCUGCUGUCGACCGAGAAGAGCAUCGCCGACCUGCCCGUGGGGUUCAUCGCCGUCUCGCUCGGGCUCAACUGGCUCAUGAUGGUCUACUUCGGCGCCAAGCUGCGCCGCUACAAAGAUCUGGCUCUACCCCAUGAUCGCACGUGGGGAGGACCCAGGGCCGACGCCGCCGCCGCGGACAAGAACACGACCGUGCAGGAGGCCAUCGAGCACGCCGAGCAGACGGGCGACGACCUCAACAUCAAGCCCGAGACCUUCAUCCCAGCCGUGAUGGAGCAGCAGCAGCAGCAGCAGCAGCAGCAGCAACGGGACAAUAACCAGGAGGAGGAGGCACGUACGGCCGGCCAGAGGAGGCGCAGGAGGGCAUCGGCCAGGAGGGGAGGAAGGGACGGCGGAGGCCUCGGGCGCACGAGGAGCGUGCUGCAGCCGCCGCCGCAGGUCGAGGGCCUGUUCGCCGCGCCGCUGAGGACCGAGGGCGGGGUCUAUCGGUACCCGGACCCCGGGGCGGAGUCGAGCGGGAGCACCGACUUCUCGUCGUCCACGGGCGCGGAUGCCAGGUCCAACAAGAGGAGGAGGGCUCCUCCUGCUGCUGCUGCUGCCGCCGGUGCUGCGAUGAAGGCCAGGCCCGAGGACGUCGAGAUGCGGGGGUCGUCCCCGGAGAGCUGUACACUGUCGAACAGCACCGCUGGCAUGGGGAAAGGGAAGGGCGCCCUCGGCGGCGUCAGUGACCGCCCCGGCUCCUCUUACGUGGACGGCCUGCGGUCGGGGCUUUCCUCCGUGGUGUACAUGCCCCGCGAGACAACGACGACGCCGCCCGAGCUGGAGGUUGGUGAUAAGGACACCAGCAGCCACGACGACAGCGACGACGGCCUGGCCGUGAUGAACGAGGAGGACAGGCGCAAGUACGAGAUGGCGCACGCGCGGCAGGCUAAGAGGCUGUCGCACCCGCAGGCGGCCCCGCUCCUCCACAUGUACGAGCCCGCCCACGCCGCCGCCGCGGAGACGGGCUACGCGGAGACGCUGCCGGGCACGCCGGUCAACGGCAGGUCUGUGGAGGGCCUCCGGGAAGCUGGCGGGGACGGGUUGGUGGUCCCUUCUGCUGAUGGUGGUGGUGGUGGUGGUGAGAGACGGAGGGGGAGGAGCCCGCUGGCCAGUCAAGUGUAUGUGAGGGUUCCGUUUGAGGAUGAGGGAGACCUGGAGGAGGAGGAGACGGGCUCGUCAAGCCAUGGUGGAAGAAGAUAG